UUGACCUGAUAAAAUCUGUAUACAUGUUCGAGCAAAUGUACAGUUCGUAUGACUUUAGGAUUUCAUUAUCAGUCAAAACGAAAAGUGGCCUGCACCGUUCGGAAAUCGAACCCAGGCUGCUCGGGUCAAACCGGACCGCUGAUCCAACGUCACUGAUAAGAGAGUUUACAGCUAUGGCAGCAAAUAGGAAUUGUAUUCGAGAUUUGGAGGAAAUGCGUGUUGAACUGAAGCAUUUUUUUCAUACUACCAUGUUACUGUUUACAGCACCUCUUUUGGGAUAUGCUGACGAACUAGAUGCUGCAUACAGAGAUAUAAAGAUUUCUAAAGUAUCUGGACAGUCAGGAUGUGUGGUAGGGGGAGUCUUAGCUGUUGUAGGCUUUGGACUUUCCUUUGUCACAUUUGGAGCGUCUCUUGGCCUCUGUAUAGCAGGUGGAAUUAUUGGAGGCGCAGGUGGGAUAGUUACCGGUGGUGCUUCUAUAGCUGACGCGGUAAAAUCAAGCAAAGCUAGAACAAAGGCAAAAGAUCAACUUGAUAAGUGCAAUACAGCUUUUAACAAAAUACUGAUGAAAUGCAAUAGGGUAUCAACCCAGCUCGAGAGAGUUGGAAAUAUUGACAUAACCUUUCCGGUCUGGUGCUCAUUUUGGGGCAAUUUAAUGCUGGGUACAGGACGAGCCCUUUCAGGAUUUGGCUGGCAAAUGGUUGCAAAUACUGUUUUAAACGCAAUUAGACUUGGCAGAACCGUCGACAUUGCAUCUGAUGUAACAUCAGCUGUUGUUCCCGUAUUCCGUACACUUGGAAACACAGCUAAGGGGUUUCAUAUUUUUGGUGGGGUCGUAAGUGCCGUCUUUCUUCCCAUUGAUAUAGGUUUCCUAGUUUCCAAUUCGAUAGAGCUUCACAAAGACGAAUCUCAUGACGAGUCAAAGAAAAUACGAGAAGCUGUUGCCACGCUACGGAAUAGAUGUCCCAGUGAACAGGUCAUUGAUGAAAUGAUAGAUUCGUGCAUAAACACAUUACGACAGCUUGAAAACUAAAUCAUACAUCAAUACAUUUCCGAUUUACUUUUACCUUCAUAAUAACCAUGUUUGUUAAAUAUUUAAGGUUAUAGAAGCAGUUGCAAAUGUAACGAUAAAAUUUUAUAAUAAUGAAUGGACAAACUAUUUUUUUAUAUAUAUGAUAUUUUACAUUUAUUUGCAUCUUAAAUGUGUUCAAUAAAAUUGCAGGUUUGAGCCUAA